UCCGAAUGAAAAGAAGGAAAAUUGUAAAUGCAUUUUGAUGAUUUUAUAUCCGCAAUUUGUCCAGUUCUUGUUUGAAAUAAAAUAUCAACAGCCAAUCUGUAACGCAAUGGAAAUAAGGCCUUCAGAUCUGGGUCAACUCUCGGUGGUCAUUUCUCACAUACGCAGGGAUGGCCUUCUGAUCUUGUAGUGACUUUCUGUGCAUCUAAACCCUCGAUGACUUGCAGACGUACCAUCAGAAAUGAAGAUCUUUUCGUUCUAACCUGGACAUCCUGCAGGAAAGCAAAGGAUGGGCAGGGUCACAGAAGAGAGUAUUGUGACGACCAUCAAGAUGGAGCCAAUAUAUGUAUUGAGUUUUAAUUCAGGUGAAAAGAUUCUCAAUGGGCUGUAACUCUUCCCUGUGCUUACAUAACAAAUAUGUCAAAGUUAACAGGUUUGAGCAGGCGAGAAUGCAACCACAGAAAGUUAAGGAACAAAGUAUGGUAUCGCAGAGAAAUGGACUUGUUUAUGCCGAUUAUCAUUUUGGCAUUGCUAUUCUGUCUAUUUUUACAGAACUUUGCUUGCUCGACACAAAAUAAAACUAAGAACAAAUUGCAUUUUAGAGCAAUUGAAAACGGACAUACUGACAACGAAGACAUCAAUGUAUCCAUACAUAGAACUACAUUUUUUUCUUUUUUUAAAAAAGAGCCCAUACAUUCUGCUCCAACAGUAGACACAUCAGAAAUGUAUUUAGAAAAUUCUCAUUUUGUGUAUCGGCAACUGUUCAACAAUAUCACAAAAAUUAAAGACAAAAAUGUUCUGUUUUCGGAAAUCUCUGAAGAUAACGUUUUCACUAAUAGGAGUUUCUUUAAGAAACAAAUGUCUGCUCACAAUGUGUUCAGUUUUAAAACUUUGAUUUCUGGAGAAUCAAUUUGUUCACAAGUUAGACCCUACGUUUUGAUAAUUAUUCUGUCCCAGAUUGAACACAGCAAGCUGAGAGAAGCUAUUCGAAGAACAUGGCUGAAAUCAGCUGAAAGAAACAGUUGGCCUCGUUUUAAUAUCACGAAAACUAUUAAACAUGUCUUCUUGUUUGGCUACAGACAACAUAAACUACUACAUGACACCCAAGUUCUUCAGAAGGAAUCAGAUAAAUAUGGCGACAUCGUGGCUUUAGAUUUUAUCGAUACGUACAAAAACCUUUCAUUGAAAGUCAUUAAUGGCGUAGAAUGGACUCUCAAGUAUUGCAAUGGCGUGGAGUUUCUCUUGAAAGUAGACGAAGAUACGUUGAUCAAUGUCCCCCUAAUGGUAGAAUUAUUAACACACGUUAGCAGACGACGAAAUAAUGACGCUUUUGUACUGGGUAAGAUUCAUUGGAAUCCUAAGCCGGAAGUUUCAAGAAAAGGUCGUUGGAAAGUUAGUGAACAGAUGUAUCCUUUCCCUUACUAUCCUCUGUACUUAUAUGGACACAGUUACGCUAUUAAUAGAGCCGCCUUGCGCAUUAUUUCCGUUACAGCGAAAAGAAUUCGUUGGGUUACACCGGAAGACGCCUUUAUCACCGGCAUUUUACCGGUGUUUGCGGGAAUACAGCGACUACAUGCGCCAAGUUUUACUGUCUGCUGCAGACGUACCUACGACUGUGAAGUGAUCUGGAAUAAGAACGUCGCCAUAACGUCUGCAUGGAAUGCAAAGCGGCUGAAGAGACUUUGGGCUGGCAUACUUUUGAACAAGUGCAAUCCAGAUGUACCUUUCUAUAAUAUUUAAAGUGGGAUCGUGUGAGCUUUUUCUAGGUUGAAAGGCAAGCAUUGAUGAAAUAUUUUUUUUAAUUAAAGUAAUUUUUUUUUAAAAAUCCUAAUAGCAAUAAUAGAUAAAGAAAAAAUCAAGAAAUACAUAAACAUUUCGUUCGACUUUUUAGAUGUAGGCCUAUAUUUAAAAAAACAUUUUCCUUUUAUGUCUAUAUUUGAAUUCUAAGCUCUAGUUUUAGGCUUAAACCAAUUAAAUAUUGUUUUGAAUAGUAGCCUAAAUAUGGAUUUUGAAAUGUUUUAAAAGGAUAUGUAUUGAUCUUGAACUUUUUCGAAAUGAAAUGCAUUGUUUUGAAUUGGAUUUUAGUGAUCAUGAAAUGUUUACAUUGACUCUUUCUCUCCUUAAUUAUUUUCAACGUUCCGACGGAAUUAUUCAUUUUAAUUAUAUAGGCCUAUAUUCCACUACCCUGUCAUGAUUAAACUUUAAUGACUUUUUUGUUUGUUAUCAGAAAAUGUUAACGAAAAUAAAAGUUUAUUUUGGAUAGCGAAACUUCAAAGUUAAAACGUAUUGACUGUGGACAAGUCUCCCUUACUACUAGAUCUCGACUAGAUCUAGACAAUAUUUUAUGAUCCAAAUUAAAUAAAAAGUCUAUUUUUUAUGACAGUUAUUUAUAUUCUCUCAAAACUAAUAAUAUACAUAUAUAAAACAUUUACAUUAAUUGUCUAGAGUUCACUAUCCCAUGACACACCCCCUAUGAAAAUUAGUAUAGAAAAAUAGAGCCUUUUUUAGCCCCCACUUGUUAAAAAUAUCGUGUUUUUUUUUGUUUUUUUGUUGUAAAAACAUGAUCAAAAUGAAAAAAAUCCGCAUUUUUUUCAAAGGGGAACAACUCAAGAUUUAUUUGUAAGCAAUUAAAAGCGUUUUGUAAGGAAAGAUAACAAAAUAACUGACUUUUAUAGCAUACACGAUAAUAUUGUUGGUUAGGAUGCAUAAUGGGAUAAAAUCAACGAUAAUUUCGUCGGUUCGGAGAGAAAGAGUUAAAAUGUAUUGAUUUUGAAAUGUUUUGAAUUUUAUUGCAUUGAUCUUGAAAUGUUAUGAGUUUCAUUACAUUCAUAAUGAAAUUUGAAUGUUUUCACCUUAUAAUGUUUUGAAUUUGAAAUAUUAUUUGUGGUAUUCUUAAAAUAUCAUGCAUUCUUUCAAAGAAUUCAUUAAAACUUCUAGAAAAAAAAGAUUACUAAAGAAGUAAUACCAAAAUACCUUAAAACCUUAGUAAUAAAUUUUCAAAGCAUUAGGAACAAAACAGCAGACUUAGAAAUUUUAUUACAAUGUGAGAAACCAGACAUAAUUGCAGGAACAGA